CCUUUCUUGAUACAUCUUCUUCCCCUCCUUCGAUCCAUCUUCUUCCUUUCUUUUUUCUUUUUCUUUCUUUCUUUCUCUUCUUCCUCUUCUUCCACCAAACCCAACAAACUAGGUUAUGGCUUGAGUGGCAGAGUUUUAAUGAUCGGGACCCUUGAGAUUGAGCUUUUUGAUUCAGUAGGAUGUCAUGAAAAAACCUUUAAGGAAUCUGAUUUUGGGUCCGAUCUUGUGAUUGAGCUUUUUGAUACCGGGAUAUGGCUUGAGUGGCAGAGUUUUAAUGACUGGGAUUUGGGUUCGAUUCCUGCAAAAUGGAAAGGGCAGUGCGUGACGACGAAGGAUUUUGGAUCGAGUUCAUGUAAUAAGAAGCUUAUUGGAGCGAGAUUCUUCUACAAUGGGUAAGAGGCAACGAACGGGUAGAUGAAUGAAACCUCAGAGUACAAGUCGCCAAGAGAUUGGUGAUGUGGGGUCCAUUUGAAUAGAUUUAUCUUUUUUCA